AUGAUGCAGUUCGUUUUUGUACAAUUCUUAGUUAUCAUUUUACUUGCAAAACAUAUUUAUUGCAUUAGUAAAGCAAAAUCGGUUCAAACAACAGAUGAUGCAUUAGAAUACCUGAAUAAAUUCGGUUAUAAUCCGUGUGCAACAACAACGUCGAAAGCACUAUGUAGUCUUGAUUUCAAAUCGGUGGUAAAAAAUUAUCAGAAACGAUGGGGUUUGAAGGUAACAGGUACACUUGACGAACAAACGAAAAAAAUGAUGAAUAGACCAAGAUGCGGAUUACCAGAUUUAACUGAGAACAAACCCAUUAAUGAAUUAAAAACACGAGCGAGCAAAUGGUCACGGAAUACGUUAACGUGGGCGUUAAGAAAUGGACCAACACAGUUAAGUUUAACUAAAACAACAAAAAUCAUUGAAGAAUCUUUUGGAGAAUGGUUAAAAUAUAUACCAUUAGAUAUUCAGAAAGUUUGUUCAUCUUGUGAAGCGGAUUUUGUGUUAGAGUUCAAUCGAGAUCGACACGAUGACCCUUAUCCAUUUGAUGGAUCGGGUGGUACUUUGGCACACGCUUAUUUACCGGAAGACGGUCGGGUUCACUUUGACUCUGAUGAAACUUGGACGGAAAGUUUUGAUUCACUGCAGACAAAUCUGUUUCUCGUUGCCGUACACGAACUUGGACAUGCUCUUGGAUUAGAUCAUACUUUUAAUACAAAAUCGAUUAUGUAUCCCGCAUAUCAACCUAUGGCACGAGAUAAAAUACUACCGUCUCCUGAUCAAGAUGCAAUACAGGAUCUCUACGGGAAGAAAACAGACAAUACAGUAACUGCCAAAUCACCAACAAGAGUAAGUCAAGCAACAAUUUCAAAAUAUCCAACUCUACGUACCACAUCGUCACAAACGUCUAUCCAUGGUGAAAUGCAUACACGAUGUCGCUUGUUUCUCGAUGCUGGUCAUUUAAGUCCCGAUAAAACUUUUCACACAUUUAAAGUCGGUAUGGUUUGGCGUUAUUUAAUUGAUUCUGAAAGUUGGGAAACAAUACCAAGUACUUACCGAUCAAAAUACAAAAAACUACCAAAUAAAGUCUCAGGAAGUGUAUACAAGUCGGUAGCACGUUUAAUAUACAUUUUUUCUAGCAGUCACGUUUAUCGAUAUACGGUCGAUCGAAACAAUCAAAUUGAAUUUAAAAACGAACAGGAACUACCAGAUUAUUUACACGAUGCUGUAGGAGCAAUCUAUUAUCUUAGUCAGGUGUAUAUUGUAAAAACGCAUACAAUUCAUUUAUUUGAUUUAGACAAUACAUAUGAACAAUCGGAACCCCGUUUAAUGACCGAGGAGUUCCCCCGAUUCUAUGGCACUGUUAAAUCAGCAUUUACGUAUCUAAAUAUGCAUCAUUUUUUUACAGCAGAUCGUCUCGUUUUUAUUUGGUCAGAAUCGCUUGUUACAUGGAAAACUUAUGCAAAACCCAUGGAAACAUCUUGGUUCGCUUGUUCUACGCCUGAUACACCUGUUACACGUCCAGAUCGACAUCGACAUCAGCAUCAUCGUCAACAUCAUCAUAAACAUCAUCACUGGAUAAACUAG